CCCGUCCCCACGCUGCUCCCAGCCGGGAAGGUGAGGCAGGGGGGGCCGUGCUGGGGAGAAGCUGUGACUCAGGAACUUUGCCAUUGGCUGCCAGGCAAGCGCCCCGCCUGUCUGAUUGGCUAGGGGAAGCCCCGCCUCUGCCUGCGAUUGGCCGGGUACGUCGCAUAUAAAGGCAGCGCUGGCCAUGCUCUGUGCAGGGUCGGAGGAAGUGGCUUGUGUGCAGGCUGCGUCGACGGGACCCAUCGCCAUGCGGGAGCGGAGGAGCCCCCGGCCGGCUGUGGCCCGGUGCAAGCUGGUGCUGGUGGGGGACGUGCACUGCGGGAAAACGGCCAUGCUGCAGGUGCUGGCGAAGGACUGCUACCCCGAGACCUAUGUGCCCACGGUGUUUGAGAACUACACGGCCUCCCUGGAGAUGGAGGAGCAGUGUGUGGAGCUGAGCCUCUGGGACACUUCUGGGUCCCCAUACUACGACAAUGUGCGCCCCCUUUGCUACAGCGACUCGGACGCCGUCCUGCUCUGCUUCGAUGUGGGCCGUCCUGAGACCAUGGACAGUGCCCUGAAGAAGUGGAAGACUGAAAUCCUGGACUACUGCCCCAGCACCCGCGUGCUGCUGAUCGGCUGCAAGACAGAUCUGCGCACUGACCUGAGCACCCUCAUGGAGCUGUCCCACCAAAAGCAGGCGCCCAUCUCCUACGAGCAGGGCUGUGCUAUGGCCAAGCAGCUGGGAGCAGAGAACUACCUGGAGUGCUCAGCCUUCACGUCGGAGAAGAGCGUGCACAGCGUCUUCCGGACAGCAUCCACCAUCUGCCUGAGCAAGCCAGCCCCCCCGCCCCCCAAGAGCCCUGGGCGCAGCCUCUCCAAGAGACUCCUGCACCUGCCCAGCCGAUCCGAACUCAUCUCUUCCACCUUCAAGAAAGAGAAGGCUAAAAGCUGCUCCAUCAUGUGAAGGGGCCAGGCCCCAGGGCAGGGGCCGAUGGACCAAACCCUGACUCUGGCCUCCGGAUGGUCUUGAGCUGAUGGUCCGGGAGGGUGAGGGACAGGCUGGGGGGUGGCGGCGACACUUAAAGGCCUUUCUGUGGGCCAAGUUCCUGUCUGGCCUUGGCAGCCCCGGGAUCAGCCCUUCACCAUCCCAGUGCUUGCACGCAGACUCAGUGCACGUUCU